AACACGCGCGACAAGCGCACGCUAGUAUGCUAUUAACAUCUAUUUGAGUUGGGCUUUUUUAAUUGGGUACGUGCACAAAAUGUUUUUCGAACACGUAAUGUCGGUUUGCUGGUCAACAACAUUAAUGAAUGAUGAAUGAAUAAUGCAAAACUUCCUGCGGUCCUUCGCUAGAGGACAUCCGGGACCUCACUCAAAUGACACAUCAUUACGCAGCAGGAAGUAAACGACUGCAUCAGGUAAACAUGUCAAGAGAUUCAAGAGUUUUUUAUUCGGCAUUUUUGAGCGUGCCAAACAAGGAAUUUAACUUCGGUAAAUAGCAAACAUUGGAUACACUACAACCGCAACGACGAAAGAGUGUGUGAAAAAGUGUUUGUUGCUACUUAGACUUGACAGUGAUUGCAGCGAGAAAAUGUUUGCAAGGACCACACCAAAGUAUGUGGAGGAAAAGGACCAACGACUGGAGGCUCUUUGGCUGCAGCCUUAUGUUGUGUUACGCAGAGCAGACAUCACUGAAGCUUGUCGUACUAAGCAGCAAGAGCCAGAGCGCACUCACAUUAAAGAGAAAGACGCGGGCAAAGAGCUUCAUCACGUCAAUGAAGAAAUGGAGCAGAAGUUUCUUUGCACCAUAAAAGAGGAGGAAGAGCCAGAGUGGCCUUGCAAUAAAGAGGUGCCAUUGACUGGUGUCUCUUUGAAGAGUUUAGAUGAGGGUCAACAUGAGGUGAGCAAAGGGGCGGAGCCUCCAAGCUGCAGCUCAAGUCAACAAAUGACCAGAGAAGGUGAUGGAGACCACUGUGGUGGAUCACAAGCAGCUCCACCAUCAGAAAGUCAUGAUGUGUCGUCACAUGCUUCUGCUGCUACUGCUGCUGCUGAUGAGUCUCAAAUCAAACACUGGCAAUGCUCUCUGUGUGGAAUUUAUUUUGCUAAUCGCAAUAAUUCGAAACAACACACCAAGAACAAGUUUUCAUGCACAAUUUGUGGCCAAAUAUUCUGUCUGAAGAGAACCUUAACAAAGCACUCAAGAACUCACACUGACAGGAAAAAUUUCUCAUGCUCAGUUUGUGGGAAAGAGUUUUCAGCGAAGGCAAGCUUAAAAAGUCAUACAAGAACUCACACUGGCGAGAAACCUUUUUCAUGCUCAGUUUGCGGGAAAGGAUUUUCAGUGAAGGUAAACUUAAAAAAUCAUACAAGAACUCACACCGGCGAGAAACCUUUUUCAUGCUCAGUUUGUGGGGAAAGAUUUUCAGUGAGCGGACACUUGAAAUCUCAUACAAGGAUCCACACUGGUGAGAAACCUUUUUCAUGCUCAGUUUGUGGGAAAAGAUUUAUACGGAGUACACACUUAAAAUUGCACACAAGAAUCCACACUAAUGAGAAACCAUUUUCAUGCUCAGUUUGUAGGAAAAGAUUUUCAGUGAAGGUAAACUUAAAAAGGCACACAACAAUCCACACUGGUGAGAAACCUUUUACAUGCUCAGUUUGUGGCCAAAUAUUCUCUCUGAAUCGAUACUUAAAAAGGCACACAAGAAUCCACACUGGUGAGAAACCUUUCUCAUGCUCAGUUUGUGGGAAAAGAUUUUUAAGGAAGGUAAACUUAAUAAAUCAUACAAGAACUCACACUGGUGAGAAACCUUUUUCAUGCUCAGUUUGUGGUCAAGCAUUCUCUCACAGGGUAAGCCUAAUCAAGCACACAGGAACCCACACCUAAUCUUACUGCCUGCUCAGUCAGUUGCCGAAGAGUCUAUUGAGAAUUCCAAGUGUGUUGGGGAGAUGAGCUGUGAUACAUGAAGUUCUCACCUUCUAUUUGAACAGACUUUAUGACUUUAUGCAACAAUGCUAAUUCUAUUGUAUGUACAUUUUGAUUAGGAUUAUAAUAGUUUUGUAUUUUUCAUUAAACCUGAUGUUUAUUUUGUUUUUAGUUGUGGUUUUUACCUGUAAUUAGUUUUAAGUCGGGUUUUGUUCAGCUUUUCAUGUUCAUGUGGAUAAAGAAAAUGAAAAAAUAAAGUGUUGGAUACCCCCCA